AUGAUGUCAACGCAUGGAGAAACCCCUGCAUCGCCAUGUCCCUUCCACAAAGACGAUCAGCUUAAUAGUGAUCUCGAUGCAUCGCUUGAUUAUUUGCCGGGUUAUCCUCGAAUCAAAUUGAGCGACAAGAAGAGCUUGCUUGAGUUCAUCCUUCAGGAGAUCUGGUCAGAGGACCUCGAGUCGAUAUCGGGCAAACUCUGGUGGAUGUCGAAGCAGGAUAGCAGCAACAUCUCUCCGUUGCAUCGACAGCGAGUGAAGGGCCGACAGAUUAUCGUUACUGAGGAUCCUCGGCUACAUCUCGUCUGGAUCGAUGACCGAAUAUUUCUCAAACCCCUUCCUCGAUACAUGACAUCCUACGUAUUCUGGGAUACGUUCAUGAGCGACCAGUCUAAACAUGGUCCGGCGGCGAAGCUCCGAAUGGCCGCACUCGGGUAUCUGCGAACUUAUUUCUACCUGAUCCAAUAUGAAUCCGAUCUACGAGUCGCACAAGAUCCAGCUCUUUGCCUGGUUCCUGAAGAUGUGACCUGGUCUCAGUUCUGCCGGAUCACUGCCUGUUUCAACGACAUCACGGAUAACGAAGUAUCAGGACGAUAUCAUUACGGAGAGAUCCGAUUGACUCGACUGAACUAUUACGCGCCAUUCCUCUUGGGAGAAGGCCAUUAUCAACGAGUGAACCAUCAGUAUCGAGCGUACUUCGCUCGAAUUCAAGGGCCGGUUAUAUCUGCAUUUGCAUUUUUCUCAAUCCUUCUGAACUGUAUGCAAGUCAGCCUCGCCGCCUCCGAUUCCGAUAAGAGAUAUUCGAGUUAUCUAUUAUCUGCAAGUUGCUACUGGUUCAGCACUCUAAUCGAAUGUGCGACCGGUAUUCUCUUGCUGAUGGUGGUGCUUCUCUUCUUUUUCAAAGUGAUUAGGGAAUGGAGGUUUGCGAUAGCCCAUCGGCUACAUUGGGAAAAGGAUCCACAGCGAAGAUUACAAGGCCAUGUGUAG